AUGUCGUUUAUAAGGCUAGAGCCCCAUCCACUGAGAGACCUCCCCAGUCAUACCAAUUUCAAAGGACCCGAGUCAAAACCGCUAGAUUCCUUGAUUGAUAAGCUCCUGCGCGAUGAAGCUGAGCCCCUGCUGAACAAGCUCCGGACAGACCUACGAGAAGAGCCCAAACUUCGUCCUUCACCACCCUCCAAAGCACAGGUCAAACUAUCUCAAGGAACUCUUCAAAAUGAAUUCUGGGUAUGUCGCCAAAGUGACCACCAAGACUCACCCGCCGACGGGACAGGGUCCUGGCGCGAGUUUGAGAACGGUUUGCGACAUGACCAUGCCGAGCACGAAAUGGAGUAUACACCCAGCGUGACAAAAGUCAAACAACUUCUGAAUUGGAACCAGGACGGAAGCUGGGAUCCUAAUAUGCGAAUUGAGGUGUCUGAUAGAAGAUACAAAGACUUCAUCGUCGAACUCAACUUGAUUGUCCAUACUUUUCACCCAGGGGCCCUCAUUAGGCCUCGAGCAUUUAUCUCUUGGACUGUAUCGGCGGCGGUCAGCAAGAUCACGCCGGAAAAUGGAUCCGAAGCGACAAGCUUCAUUACUAUCCAAGUCCCGUUCCGUCUAUCAGAUGCUGCCGAAGAUCCAGUAAACCAACAGCUCUGCGCAGAUGUUCGAGCCUCUGUUCCACCGCGCACGAUCUUCGCUCACUAUGCGAGUAUCGAGCAAGUUGAGCUACUCCACCCCUCUGAUUCCUCCGAUCGCAUGAUUCGGUGGACUAUGGCAACAGCAUCGGAAGCUGGCGGGAAAAUUCCACAGUGGGUUCAGCGAAACUGGACACUGGGUGGGGUCCCUAAGGCUGUUGUUGCUGAUGUAGGAUUGUUCAUUGGGUGGAUAAUGAAGCAGCGAGGGCAAAGGGGGAGGCCCUUGGAGAAAUAG